UGUUCUUACUAGUAAUGUUAAAGAAAAUAUACUUUUUAGAAACAAUAUACACUCUAAAGAGGAAAAGCAAUUAACAGAUGCUCUUCAAGAACUACAUUUUUACUUUUGGUUUGAGAAAACAAUGAUAAAUACUCUUCAAAAACAAUAUCUUAUUUUGGCUACAACAGUCUUGAAAUAG